AUGCCUCCCAGAAAGCGCAAAGCUACUCCAGUCGAUUCCGACUAUGAGUCUCCUCCAAAAAACAAGGCUAGCCGAGGAACUACCUCCUCACAAGCGAAGAGGCGCCCCCCAGCACAAAGUAUCAAGGAGAUAUCGACUUAUGUCGCUAAGACUAUGACCCCGGAGUACACGAUAGUUCAAUUGAAGUCUUGCCAGAAUGUUCAAGACUAUGACAUUGCCGAACGCUGUGUCACCUGUAUCGAGAAGCAGAGUGACUUGGGGACCUGUCGCUUCGUCAACUUGAGAGCGUUUAAAACAGAUGCUCAGGGCCGAGUUGAUACUACGGAUUAUGCCUUUGGUUUCGUGGAGGUAGUGUCAAAGCCAAAGCCGGUCAAAGUAAAAGCCGCGCCUAAAAGGAAGAAGAAGGUCAUGAAGCCCGAAAUCAUCACUACCAGGAGAACUACAAGAUUAAGUGCUGCUGGAGAUAGCACAGCCCGGGUCGCAUCAGACAUGAGCGAAGCUGAGAAUGCUCAAAUCAAUCCUGAUUCAGCAGAGCAGCAAGCAGAUGCAGGCGAUACCUUGGCGGCUGCUUCCGAUAAUAUGGACGAUAAGACUGACGAUAAGACCGACGAUAAGACCGACGAUAAGACCGACGAUUCUCCAAUCGUUAGGCACACCCUAACCUCGGAUCAAAUGAAAAAAGAGGCCGAUUAUGUUCUUCCCUUGAUCGCGCCUGUGUUUGCUGAACAUCUCCGCCGUGAGAAGCAUCAUGAACUUACUCACCUUGGGCUGCCGACAGAAGGAAAGCCAUUGCCCGGCGGUGCGCGGCCCUUGUUCCGCGUUCCAUCUUCUCCAAACACCCGAAGUCUCUGUGACGCGUGCUCAACAAGUAUUUAUAUGGGUAGCUACCUAUGCGGCUGCUGCGGGAAAGAGAUGUGCCUUGGGUGCUGGGAAGAAUGGGUGCCGUCUGAUAUCGCCCAAGGUUCUCGUAUCCGUCGCAUCGACACUUGUUCUCGCCGCCGUCGUCAUAUUCGGGAUAGUAUGCUUUUCAUGACUCGCGCAGCAGAUGGCGAGAUUGUAGAACUCCUCGAGAGAGUUGAAGCUCGUGUUCCAUCUGAGGAGACGCAAAAGCAGGAGCAGGAUAGUGCGGAUACUGAAACAGAUUCUAUCCCUACCGCUCUGUCUACCUGGCCUAAUGACAAGCUUAAAUAUCUUGCUACCCCAAAGACACAACACAAAGAUAUCACGCUACAACAAUUCAGGUCAUUGUGGCGCCGCGGUGGUAUUCCCCUCGUCUUGACUGGCUUUCUUGACCGCUUCAAGCUCCCCUGGGAUCCCAAAUACUUCACCCGCCGCUAUGGAUCUGUGCCUUGCAAUAUCCACGACUGUGAAUACAACCAGACCAAGGAAACCAACGUCGAGAAGUUUUUCAAGGGCUUUACCAGCUCUGACAUCACACAUUCAUAUAAAUUGAAAGACUGGCCUCCUUCCGCAAACUUCUCCGAAACCUUCCCAGAGCUCUUCAAAGACUUUGAAAACGCCAUCCCAUUCCCCUCCUACAUCUCCCGCACCGGCAGCCUCAACCUCGCAGCCCACUUCCCGCCACAAUACAUUGCGCCCGACCUAGGCCCCAAAAUGUACAAUGCCUUCCCUGCACCCGACUUCCUCCCCAAACCCACCGGCGAAGCCAAACUGAAGCACCGUCCCGUCAAGGGCACCACCAACCUGCACCUCGACCUCACCGACGCCGUCAACAUCAUGCUCUUCUCCGCCGGCGGCGAGAAAGCGCCCCCCGCCGCAACCACGCCCAAGGACAUCCCCUUCUGCGGCGCAAUCUGGGACAUCUUCCCGCCCUCGGCCUCCACCCACCUCCGCGAGUACCUCAACAGCGAAGCCUACCUCGAGGCCCAUGCCCACGAGGGCGCAAUGGAGCUGGACGAUCCGAUCCAUAGGCAGAUGUACUACCUCACCGAGGACGACAUGAUCAAGCUCUACGAGGCCAACGGCGUCAUGGCGCACCGCAUCUACCAGGAGCCUGGCGAGGCCGUCUUUAUCCCCGCUGGCUGCGCGCACCAGGUCCGGAACCGGAGGAGCUGUGUUAAGGUUGCGGUCGACUUCCUGACGCCCGAGAACGUAAAGGUGUGCAAGGGCCUCGUUGCGGAGGCCAGAGUCAUGGGGAAUCCGUUCCUGGGUAGGGCUGCGGGAGGAGGGAAGGAGGAUGUGUUGCAGUUGUGGUCGUGCUUGGGGUUUGCGUGGGAUGCGUUUGAUGGGCCGAGGAAGGCAGUUGGCAAAGACGGGGGUGCUGCGAAGAAGGAGGAGGAAGAGGAGGGGGAAGGGUCAGGAACCAAGGCGGAGGAUAAGAUGGAGGAAAACGGGGAUGGGAAUGGAAAUGCGGAGCGGGCGGCCCGUAUCGAGGUCGAAACUACUUCUGCCGUCUAG